AGACGCCCGGCCAGGGUGAACACCGCGGCAGGAGAAAACGGGAGACUGUGAAGAGCAUGGGGAGCCUUUGUCGUGCAGCGUGAAACCCUCGAGCCUUUGGCCUAGGAGCUGGGAGACUCAGGGGCCCUUCCCACACACAGAAUUGGAGCAGGGCCUUCUAGACAGUCCCAGCACCAUGAGCCCUGAAAGGUCCCAAGAGGAGAGCCCAGAAGGAGACACAGAGAGAACAGAGCGGAAGCCCAUGGUCAAAGAUGCCUUCAAAGACAUUUCCAUAUACUUCACCAAGGAAGAAUGGGCAGAAAUGGGAGACUGGGGGAAAACUCGCUAUAGGAUUGUGAAAAUGAACUAUAAUGCACUGAUUACUAUAGGUCUCAGAGCCACUCGACCAGCUUUCAUGUGUCACCGAAGGCAGGCCAUCAAACUCCAGGUGGAUGACACAGAAGUUUCCGAUGAAGAAUGGACACCUAGGCAGCAAGUCAAACCUCCUUGGAUGGCCUUCAGAGGAGAACAGAGUAAACACCAGAAGGGAAUGCCCAAGGCGUCAUUCAAUAAUGAAUCUAGUUUGAAAGAAUUGUCAGGAACGCCAAAUUUACUGAAUACAAAUGGCUCAGAGCAGGCUCAGAAACCAGUGUCCCCUCCUGGAGAAGCAAGUACCUCUGGACAGCACUCUAGACUAAAACUGGAACUCAGGAGGAAGGAGACCGUAGGAAAGAUGUAUAGCCUGCAAGAAAGAAAGGGUCAUGCAUACAAAGAGAUCAGCGAGCCACAGGAUGAUGACUACCUCUAUUGUGAGAUGUGUCAGAACUUCUUCAUUGACAGCUGUGCUGCUCAUGGGCCCCCUACAUUUGUAAAGGACAGUGCAGUGGACAAGGGGCAUCCCAACCGUUCAGCCCUCAGUCUGCCCCCAGGGCUGAGAAUUGGGCCAUCAGGCAUCCCUCAGGCUGGGCUUGGAGUAUGGAACGAGGCAUCUGAUCUGCCACUGGGUCUGCACUCUGGCCCCUGUGAGGGCCGAAUUACAGAAGACGAAGAGGCAGCCAACAGUGGAUAUUCCUGGCUAAUCACCAAGGGGAGAAACUGCUAUGAGUAUGUGGAUGGAAAAGAUAAAUCCUGGGCCAACUGGAUGAGGUAUGAGAACUGUGCCCGGGAUGAUGAAGAGCAGAACCUGGUGGCCUUCCAGUACCACAGGCAGAGCUUCUAUAGAACCUGCCGAUUCAUUAGGCCAGGCUGUGAACUGCUGGUCUGGUAUGGGGAUGAGUAUGGCCAGGAACUGGGCAUCAAGUGGGGCAUCAAGUGGAAGAAAGAGCUCAUGGCAGGGAGAGGUAGGCAUCACUAUUACUCUUUUAAAAGGACAGGAAAGAAAGAAUUAUCCUAGAGAAUUUUCAUGAUUGAACACUUAAAUAGACUAAAACGCCGUCUAAAGUCAGUAAAAUUUUACAUCAGUGGCUCCAAAAUUAAAGAUUCAUGUUAUGUGCCUUUGCCUCUUUGGAACAGUUUUUAUAUUUUUAAAUCUUUGUUCCGAUUUUAUAUUCAAAGUACUUCAUGCACAAAGUAUAUAACAGCAUACAGUGCUCAAAGACUUAAAGACAAAAAUCAAGUUCUCAAACACCUACCAGCUCUCCCAACAAGGUAGUUUCUUCUGGCAUUUCCUUGAUAUUUCUUAAUGAUAUGCAUAUGUUGUUAUUCAUUCAUUCAUUAUCUCAAUUAGCUGUCAUGUGAAUUCCUACUCUGUGCCAGACGAUGUUGCAGGAAGUGUAAAUACAGACUGAUCAAGACAAUCAAAAAAACUGCUCUUGAACAUAUGACUUGUGAAUUAGGGAACCAUAUGAAUACACACAGACAUAUGUGUAAUAUCAGACGGCGAUUAGUGCUUUGAAGAAAAUGAAUCCAGAAAGAAUACCUGGGAUCAGUGUGAGACCUGGGAUCAGUGUGAGAGCUGAGGUCAGUGUGAGACCUGGGGGUCAGUGUGAGACCUGAGGUCAGUGUGAGACCUGGGGGUCAGUGUGAGGUGAGAGUAGAGUGUUGCAGGGGAUUGUCAGGGAAGGUUUCUCUUAGGAGACAGCAUUUGAGAAGUGCAAGUGCCUGUGGGCCAAGGAUUCCAGGCACAGGGCGCAGCUAGUGCAAUGGUCCUGAGGCCAGAAAGAGUUCAGCUUUGGUUCAUUUUUGGAAAAUAGGCUGCCAUGGGUCAUCCCUUCAGAGCUGCUCCAGUUUCCAAGUGAGAGAAAAUGGUGGGCAGGAUGAAGGUGGGGAGCAUGGCGGUAAGCCUGAGUAGGGAUAUAUUUUGAAACAAGACUUCCUAUUAUAUUUAAAAUGGGU